AUUUAUUCAAAAUGGGAAAUUAAAUAAAAAGUGAUUAAAUACAGAAAGCUAGAUGGCCUUUCUCCUCUUCAUUCUUCAAUCUGAUCUCUACCCUUUUGGUGUUUGAGUGAUACCCCACUUUCUCUUUUAUUCACACAUAUCCCUCAUUAGCUUUCUGUUGGAGAUCAUAGCUGCACAGACCCAUCCACCCUGACAUGCUAAGCUAUAUCAGAUCAGAACAGCUUCUAUCUCAGGCCUUUCCAAGUUUCUUUCAACUGAAAGAUCAGCCAUAUGUAUAUGUAUAUUCACCCACUUCAAUUCGCAUCUAGAUUGACUGGACAUGUAUAUGUUUGGCCAGCAGUGGAAGAAGGAAGGAAUUAGGGGAUUUUAUAAUUCCUGAUAUAUAAACGAGCAUAUAUUUAAGAAAGACAAAAAAGAUUGAAUUUUUUUAAAUUUAAGGGUAUCUUUUUUUUAUUUGGUCGGAGUGAUUAUAUAAAAAUACAAUCUUGGAUAUGUACUACCAAGGAGGCUCAGAAAUCCAAGGUGAUGGCCUGCAGACACUGUAUCUCAUGAACCCUAACUAUAUUGGGUACUCUGACAACGCACUACAUGCCCCGCCGCCGCCGCAAGCUCAGCCGCCGUCAGCCAUGAUGUUCUUGAACUCCGGACACGCGCUCAAUGGCGGAGGUAUGCCUCACGCGCGGGUUUCCCAAUCCCAGCACUUUGUCGGCGUGCCCCUCCAGCCUACGGGUCAACUACAUCACGAUCCGAACCGGAAUAUGUGGACCGCCGUGGAGCAGUCUCAACUACCCUCCGCCGGCGGCACCACCGACUUCGCCUCCCAGCUGGGGUUCCACCGGUCCGGUCAUCAACAAGGGUUGUCUUUGAGCUUAUCUCCCCAACACCACCACCAGCAUCAACAACAGCAGCAGCAACAACAACAGACUUUUCGGUCUCUCCCGGUGGAAUCUCCGGUGGGUCUUUUAUCGGCACGACCCGCAGCCGAGAGUUUUCGAGACUCCGGCGCGUCGUCGUCCUCGAUAAUAAUGGGCUCGAAGUAUCUGAAAGCGGCGCAGGAGCUUCUCCAUGAGGUAGUGAAUGUUGAGAAGAGCGGUUUAGAUGAGUCGGCGGCGGCGCAUAAAGAAAGGGUGAGGAUGAAUAGAGAAUCAAUGUCCACUUGCGGCGGAGAUCCGGCGACAACUAUUGGUGGAGAAAACAGGACGGCGGCUGAGUUAAGUCCUGGUCAUAGACAGGAACUCCAGAUGAAAAAGGCUAAGCUUCUUAGCAUGCUUGAUGAGGUGGAGCAGAGAGACAGGCAAUACAACCACCAAAUGCAAGUAAUGGUGGCCUCAUUUGAGCAGGCAGCUGGAUUGGGGUCAGCAAAAGCCUACACUCAGUUGGCAUUGAAGACGAUAUCGAAGCAGUUCAGGAGCCUCAAACUAGGGAUUGCUGCCCAGAUAAAGGCGGCCGUGAAGAGCCUCGGGGAAGAAUGCGGCGGGGAACAAGCGGGCGGGUUGUUGCUCGGAGGAGCGUCGUCGUCGAGGUUGUUGAGGUUCGGGGGCGAGCAGCGUGCGGGGGCGCUUCCGCCACACUUCGGGAUGGUGCAGCCCAACGCAUGGAGGCCCCAGCGGGGCCUUCCUGAGCGAGCUGUCUCCGUCCUUCGCGCUUGGCUCUUUGAACACUUUCUCCAUCCUUAUCCCAAAGAUUCGGACAAAAUCAUGCUUGCUAAGCAAACCGGACUUACCAGAAGCCAGGUGUCAAAUUGGUUCAUAAAUGCACGAGUUAGACUUUGGAAGCCAAUGGUGGAAGAAAUGUACACCGAAGAAAUGAAAGGCCAAGAUCAACAACCACUAAAUGGCAAAGAAGAAAUUAAUAAGGCAACAAAAAGAAACCAAGCUAGCAAAGAUAUUAAUGCCGGCGGCGGCGGCCCUGCCGGAAAGCCAUCAACAAAUAAAAGUACUGAUCAAGAUCCUCAUCACCAUCAUACUUCUCCUACUGCUGACAUCAAGAAUAGCACCAACAGUAUGUCCUCCCCUUGCGGCGGCGUUCAACCACCGCAAGGCUGCGGUGGCGCUUUCUCCUUCAUGAACAUGGAAAACAACUCAUCCGCUGAGAUCAUAAGGAACGGGAAAAAGCCGAGAAACGACCUUCAAAGCUCCCCGCGGAGUAGUAUCGUUUCGGUCGACAUGGACGAAAUGAACUCACCCUCGGCCGCGGCUGCCAGCAGAGGGUACAACCACAAGUUCACCACGGACAGACAAACGUCCGCCCCCGGGAACUACCCUGACUUGCUAGCGGCCGCCGCGAACACGAGCGGUUUCGGGGGUUUCUCGAUGGCAGACUUCGGCCGGCCGUUUAGCCCCGAGAAUUUGGCUGCUGGGUUUCAUGGGAAUAAUGGCAGUGUUUCACUCACUCUUGGCUUGCCACCAUCUGAGAACCAGCAGAGUUACCUUUCUAACCCCCAAGACAUGGACUUGGGGAGGAGACUAGAGAUGGGCAGAAUGGGAAUGAACAAUAACAGCAACAACCCUCAAUCUUCUUCACACUCCAAUAUCAAUGGAAGCUAUGAAACCAUAGACUUUGAAAAUGCUGGGAAGCGCUUUGCUGCUCAACUAUUACCAGAUUUUGUAGCAUGAGAUCACCAGAAAGGUUGCUUUGCAGAGAUGGUCAAAGUCAAACUCAAGAUAUAUGCAGGGGUAUAAUGGACACAACUCAAGUUAUAGUAUAUAUUUAUUUUUUUAUUAUAUAUUGUUGGAAGCAUUUUCAGCCUUGUAUGUAUCAUAUUAUCAUGCACUGUAAAAACGUACCUAAAGGAUCGCUGUAACUUCUCAGCUCCUUUGACUUUGUGCGUGGCUAACAUGCAUGAAUGAAGGGCAAAUACGAGAUUUGCGACCUAUGGUUAGUGUAAGAUAUAUAGGUUCAAGUAAUACUCUUCUUUUGAUUAGUAUAUAGCUUACACUUUGCCUUAUUUGUGAAACAUACAGCAAUUAAUGAUAUGUAGAUUCAUUGAAAUAUAGAUUGGAAUUGGGUAUUUGUUUAUUGUUAAACGUAUACAUAAUUGAGAAUGAACAAAUCUUUUGUGUGUUUU